UUUUUGCAGAGUUUCACUGGAAAAAAUAGUAAAAUCCAUAUUCUGGAAUUUGCAGUUGCAUCACUAAAUGUUUAUUUUCAUGGUCUUCAUAGAUGUUAAAACAGUUGAGGAAUUUAAUUCCAGAAGACAACAUGAAAACAAAGAUUCAGCACGUGUUGCUUUGGUGACAUCAUUCACGGAUGGUGCACCUCUGGGACAUGUACAGUUGAAUGACUUUGUUUUUGGUACCAACCCAAGGUAUAUACCGUUUAGUAUUUAGUAUCAGUUAUUGUGUCAACACUGUAUUAUACAGACGAAAUGUCUUUGCCUUUAGCAGGAAUUUCAUUAGAAGCCAGCCACCGGAGAAUUCCGUCGGCUACUUUCAAAGUCAUCGCCGACUACUUUUGUAUUAAACCAUUGUUUUUUAAAAAUAAUUGAAUUUUAAAGAUCAGGUCAAGUCUGUUCUGUGCAUGUGCCAUGUGAGGACCCACGGGUGUAAAUGAUACCCAAAUUUUGCGUUGUUUCGACAUCUUCUAAAUUGAAACUCUAAUCUAUGUUCAUUUAAUUAAACGCAUAGCAAAACAGAACGAUGUUAGAUAAUUAUUAACUAAGUGCAUCAUAUUUCAUGAACAUAGUGUCUUCAAAAUCAGUGUAAAAAACUGCACAUUCGCUGAACGGACUUGAUCGCCUCUUUAAUGGUAAAUCAACUAACUACAAUAUGUGGUCACUUCAAGCCGUUUUAUUUUCUCUCGAAAGCGUAAAAUGAACUUGUAAGUUAAGAUUUAAUUCUUGCCUGCUAGUUAAGAUUUAAUUCUGUAUUGUUUACUAAAUAAUGCUGACCAGAUAUCCAUCUGUCCGCUAUCCUGAAUACGUAGAAGAGAAAGACAGCUGAAGAAGGGGGAUGAACAGGAGAUGGGGAUGAGAAUUGUGACAAAAAUGUUUAUCCAUUGUCAGUAAUAAUAUACAUGAAAAAAUUUCUCAAUUUCUCAAUUCUGAUUGGCUAAGAGCAAUGCAAUUUUUCGAAAUACAGAGCCAAAAAAUGAAAUACAGUGCAAAAAAAAGAAACACAGUGCAAAUUUCUUAAUUUUCUAAAUUUUCUUAAUUUUUCAAAUUUCUUAAUUUUCUUAAUUUCUAAAUGUGACUUAUGCACGUGCCUGCAUAAUUUUUUCAUGUAUAUUAUUAAUAAGUAAUAGUAUGGUUUCUCGUGCACUUUGAAAAAACACUGGCAGAAAAAAAGUUUGAGUGAAAAAGUGAGUUUUUCAAAGACUUCAAAUUGAACUCGUCCUUCGGACUCGUACAAUUUUGAUAGUCUUUGACUGAAAACUCACUCGUGCAUGUUUUUUUUUUCCAAAUUGCACUCGAAACCAUAUACUAUUACCUAUACUAAACUCGUUGGUUCAAAUCACUAGAAUGGGAGCCUAAAGACGAAUAACUUAAUUUGUUUUGAACUUGUGAGGAAGAAUAUGAUGCAUAAAUAGUAGCAAAAUUGUUUUUUUAAAUAAUUCCAGUGAACAUGGGGGAAUUUCGUUCUCAACCAAUCACCGCAUUUGUUGACAAUUUUGCUCUAAGCCGAUCAGUAUGCGUAAUUGGUUACUGUAGGUAGUUUCUCUGCGAACGCAGAAAGCCCAGUUCCGGCAAAGACAUACAUUUCAACAGGAAAUUUAGGAUCUUAAAUUAAAGUUCAAGGGGUCAGGAUUUUUAAUUUUUUGGAUUGGAUUCAACUUGACAAGGUAAAAUAAAACUUUUUCUAAAAAUUUGCCGCUGGGAUUUGCGUUCUAUUGCCUAGUUCUAAAAUUACCCUAAAUUUUCUGUUCAUAUGUAUGUUUUUACCGGAAGUAGCAACCAAUUACGCAUUUUGGUUGGCUUAGAGCAAAAAUAUCAACAAAUGUAUUGAUUGGUCGAGAACCAAAUUUCCCUUAUUAUUCCAGUGGCAAAUCUCGUAAAUUCGUUCUUUUUGAAGUUCAUUUUUUUAUAGUCAGUUAUUGCUACACAGAUGGCAAUGCAUUGUAGCAUUGCUCGCGCUGUUUAAUUAUAUGGAAAAGUUAAGUUCUCUCUACGUUUUCCCGUGGUUCUAGCUGGGAAAAAAUAUUUCCCGGGGCCACCGUCACUAACGAAAUUGCUAAUUUGCUAUACCUCCAUGUUCAGCCGCCUACUUUCUAAUAUGAGCCUGCCACUUUAAAAAUUAAUGAAACCCAUGCAUCCAUGGUUUUACUGAAUAUAUUGAAGUAUCUUAUUGACAUACAGUUGUUGUACCUAUACACUAUGCUGAACAAGUGUUAAGGAAUGUCUGGUCGUGAACUCACUGAUAUGAUACACGACUAGGACACGUACAAUAUAACGACUUUGUCUUUGGUACUAAUCCAAGAUAGAAUGACAUUGUACAAUUAUUAAUCUUAUUGUCUUUGCUGGUUGUAAAUGUAAUAGAUUAAAAUAAAUUUGAACAAGUAUUAGGGGUGUGUAUACUGGGUAAGACAUUACGCUGAGUGUCUUCUUAUAGAAGUGGUCCUACCUCAAAAAAAAUUAAUGGAAGCAUGAUCAGUCUUUACUAAAAGCUUUGGUCACGGAAAGGUCAUCAUAGUAAUUUCUGGCCUAGCUAUCAGAACCAUAGCCUUAACGAAUUAGGACAAUUAAUUAAACCGGGAGAUGUACCAUGCAUGUGCUCAUGAUGUACCACCAUGUAGUAUUUGGUUAUAUUUUACUGUAUACUGUAUUGUUCAGUUAUUUGGGGCUGAUUUAAAAUUGUUUGCCACCCUAUAACACAAUGGAAUGCUCACCACCCAUCAAUAUUGAGGCAAUGACAGGCAGACUUACGGAUACUUUUGACUUCAUCCGUUCUAAUUUUGUAAACACAAUUUUGUGUAUUUCUAGACUAGACAUACUUCAGAGAGUUGUUGUAUGGCAGAGAGCGAAUGCAAGAGCUGUGAGUAUUGCUUUGAAAUAGGCAUUGAAUAAUAGUGUUCAGUAAAAAUGCGUUCUUUACUUUCUGUAAAUACAUUUCGGUCCACCAAUUACUGCCUAUAUAGGGACUACCUGUGUUUACCCGGUUGUAGUAGAAGACUGCUCGACUAAAACCAGGACUAAAACACAGAACAACAAAUAGAAAAAAGAAACAAAUAUGAAAGUUUGUGGAAACUUAGUUUUAAUCUUUCAAAUAAAUUUACACAUUAGCAUACGGGCCUGAUACUUUCCGGGGAGCACUUGAAUGUUUGCUCAAAUUUUUGUGGAAUAUUGUAAUGAAAUGAACUGAAUUUAACAUAUUUUGUGAUACAUUUGCCGAAUUUUCUUUAUUUUUCCUAGCAUUUGCCCGAAUGUCCGUGGUUUUCAGGCAGUUCCUGUCACAUACGCGUAUGAAUUUAGAGGUAUUUUCCUUUCAGGGCACAGCAUGUGUAAAAGAUCGCAGUGAAGUGAGAGGAGGUGGCAGAAAACCAUGGCCUCAAAAAGGAUUGGGAAAAGCGAGACAAGGAAGCAUCAGAUCUCCACAAUGGAGAGGAGGUUUGCAAAUUGUUUUAUUUUUUGCCUGGUAAUCGUCUUACAGUCAUGUAUGUUUUCUUGCUCUAUUAUAUAUAGAACUGUACUUGAGAAUUUUUCACUCACUGCCUCAGAAACUGGUUUUAUGUUACCCAGCUUUGAGAGAACAGGAAUUGUUUACUGAAUAUUUUAUUUCAUAAUGGAUGAUAGUCUAAGCGUUAGCUUUUCAUAAUAUCUAAAGAUUUUUCACUGACGGAAGGGGAUUCACUGAUUGAUGUAUCUGAAUUCUUUAAUAUAAUAACAAUCAUUGAGCGCAUUUAGAGCUGCUUCUCACUUACUGUAUAGUCGCUGUACGUACAGCCGCUAUGUUUUUGUUCAAGUAAGAUCUUAGAUGCAGAGAAACCCAGCUACAAGAAGCAGUGGCGAAGCCAGCCCGACAAUUUGGUCAUGCUAUGCAAUUCAUAUUUCCGUGUUCAUACACCAUGAAAACAAUCAAUUUGUAAAGAAAUGAAUAAUGAUAAUGAUUUAAAAUGUGCACAGCAUGACCAAAUUGUCGGGCUGGCUUCGCCACUGACAAGAAGCAACUUGUAUACAUGUACGUAAGGCCGGUGUCUCCAUGUUUUCUCAGGUGGUGUUGUUCAUGGGCCAAAACCGAAGAGUUAUUCGUACACUUUGCCAAAGAAAGUGCGAAGAAUGGGCCUGAGGGUGGCGUUAUCCUGCAGGUUUAGUCAGGUAAGGCACCCAAAGUUGUAAAGAAAUAUGAGCGUACGAGGCUUCAUGCUGAUUUAGUAAGGUAAUGUAUCAGGCGAUAUGGGUAUAGGCUUUUUUCAUUUCUUGACCUUCAUAUUAGAUUUGCUUUUUAGGGUGAUUUGUUUGUAGUGGACUCCCUGGAUUGCAAUAUCUUAUCAAACAUAGUAAGUGUGCCACUAUAUUUCUCCAUACCACAGUAUAAUAUUAAUGGUAAAUGGUACAGUAUAGUAUUUUAGGUAUUUUUUAUAAUAAUAUUUAUUUCACUUAUAAUACAAAUUAUGCCACCAAUUGAUUUGGAAAUCUCAGUGCUCCCCAUUGUGCUCACUUAUCCAAAAUUUUGACCAAACAUAUAGCAUUGCGCACAUAUAUUCUCAGCUGUAUGAAUUACUGAAUAUGCGUGUUCUUGACAAAUAAGUUUUCGCAUAAACUGAUACAUUUUCUUUGAUGCAUUGUAUUUUCUUUUAUAAUUCUUUUUAUAUGAGUUCUUUUAUAUUUCUAACUACCUUUUCUCAUUUAGGAAAUUGCAAAUAUUUUCGAUAGAAACAAUUGGAAUUCUGUUGUUGUAGUUGACAGGUAUAAAUUGAAUAUGUAUAUACAAAUCGGUGAAUAUUUGGAAAUCUUAGAGUAUAUAUAGUUGGUAUAACUAUAUUUAUUAUAAAUAUAGCAUUCUUUAAUAUCUUUUCAGUGAACAGAAUGGAAAUCUUCGCCAUGCUGUUGAAUCGUUUGUAAGAGCAGAAAUGCACAACACAAUUAGUAAGUCUAUUCCGAGUUUUCAAUUUCAUAUAUAAUUCAAGGAAGUCAAGAUAUUAAUUCAGUAUAAUUGCACUGGCAGUAUAAUUGAACUCGCCGCAGUUAAUGUAUGUUAUUCUUGACAUUGACCUACACACUGUUGUUCAGACUCUUGCUGGGUGGGGUUCAUUGUAAAUUGUAGUAGGCGCGCAGCUUCUCUUAUCGCCGUUAUUUAAUCAUUCUUUUGGUGUUGUAUUUUGUAUUUUAGGUCUAAAUGUUUACAGCAUCCUUAAACAUCACAAGAUUGUUCUGUCUCUAAAUGCCAUUGAACAAUUGGAAGAAAGACUCUGCCGGGACAACCGUCCUAUCUGGAGAUGACAUUCACUUCACUGUGAAUCCCCAGCCUGGAGAUCAAUUUAUCCUCGCCUUGUUACGUUAUCACUUUGGUCUGACCAAACUGUAUAAGAACUGCUGUAUAAAAUAACUUGUUUACUGCUUGGUGCGCAAUACCUUUACCAUGUAGGUACUGCGGUACUUAUAGCGUUGAGACCCCGUCCUUGGGCAGUUUCUGUUAUGACUUAAUAAUUGAGGUUUACGUUUGCAUUCAUGGCUUCGACAUUAAUUUGCACAAGUGAAGGCGAAAUUGCAAGACCGCUAAGACCAUAGGACGAACUUGUUAAACUGUGCGUUUUGCAUGGUGGCGACUAUGACACUGUGCACUAUUUUACAUAUUUGUAGUAAACCGACGGUUGGACUAGUUUGCGGUCACUAGCAGGGUAUAUUGUGGGUAAGUUCACUUGCAUCAGCUUUAAUUGUCCUAUACAAUUGCAGACAAAAUAUAGCUGACGUGAAUCAGUAAAUCGAUAUUUUUGAAGUCCUGUUAUACUUGUCUUCACAGUAGCCAUCAAGAGCAACUUCAAAAACGACGGCCAAGUCAGCUUACCUUAUCCUUAUCAUAUCCUUCUUUUAACUAUUAUAAAUACGUUACUGCAUGAUGCGUAAAGAUUAAUUUUAAAUAACAUCUAAUUAAGAAAACCAUAAAUGUUCGCACGGCUUUUUUUCGAGCACCAUUCUUCUGCUCUAAUAUUCCGGGAGUGAAACAAUUUUUGUUUAUCAUAAGAAAUUAAAUAAAGAAAUUAAAUAAAAAGCAC